ACAGCGAAUGAGAAGAGAGUGUGGUUGGUGACAAAGGUGCAUGCAAAAAAGCUUGAAGAGGACAUUUUAAUUCUCUCCUUCUUCAUUUUUUUUUUUUACUGAUUACCAAUAUAUUCAAGGCACAUCUCUGCUAUUUAAACCUAAGCUUCCCUCCUCGCUCUUGUCCCAACUAGCUAAGCGAGUGUGGUUAGAAUGAGGUGCUUCGGGUUGCUCCUUUUCCUUGUCCUGUUCUUGUUGUGCUCAAAUUUUGAUGGUUGUGAAGGGAAGAGAGGAAGGCAUUGGAAACAGAGGAAGACUCCUCCAUCCUUGGUCAGGAAAAAAGAAAGAGCAAAGAAUGGUAGUCGACAUGGACAUGGUGGUGGUGGUGGUCUUGGAGGAGGAGGAGGAGGAAGUGGUCACUUGAGUCCUCCACCGGCGCCUAGCCCAAGCCCGAGCCCGAGCGCGAAAACAGGGUCUCCAGUGCCGGCGCCUGCAUCGCCGAAGAGUGCUGGCGUCUUCGACGUGCUUGACUUUGGGGCGAAGGGAGAUGGUGUCACAGAUGACACGAAGGCUUUUGAGGCUGCAUGGGCUGCUGCUUGCAAAGCGGGUGACUCAGUCAUGGCUGUUCCGGCAGAAUUCGAGUUCCUUGUGGGUCCCAUCUCCUUCUCUGGGCCUUACUGCCAGCCCAACAUUGUUUUCCAGCUAGAUGGUAUGAUCAUUGCUCCAACAAAUGCCAAGUACUGGGCUUCUGGACUUCUAUGGUGGAUUGAGUUCACAAAACUGAAAGGCAUAGCAAUUCGAGGGAGUGGAGUAAUCGAAGGGCGAGGAAGUGUCUGGUGGACGGACACUGACUCUGAUGUCGAUCCAACACAUGAUGAGCUGAGCUCCAACCUGCCUCAGAUUAAGCCUACUGCCUUGAGGUUCUACGGGAGCUACAAUGUGUCAGUGACUGGCAUCACAAUUCAGAACAGCCAGCAAUGCCAUCUUAAGUUCGACAACUGUGAAGCUGUUCAGGUCUACAACAUCACGAUUGCUUCGCCGGGCAACAGCCUGAACACGGACGGAAUUCAUCUGCAGAACUCGAGAGAUGUCAUGAUCCACCAUGCCAACAUGAGCUGUGGGGAUGACUGCGUCUCAAUCCAAACGGGCUGCUCAAACAUCAACAUCCACAGCGUAGAUUGUGGACCUGGCCAUGGAAUCAGCAUCGGUGGGCUCGGAAGAGACAACAGCAAAGCCUGUGUGUCUAACAUCACCGUGAGGGACAUCAAUUUGCACGGCACCAUGACCGGUGUCAGAAUCAAGACCUGGCAGGGCGGAUCAGGUUCGGUAGAGGGCAUAAGAUUCUCAAACAUAAGAGUUUCGGAGGUCCAGACUCCGAUCGUGAUCGACCAAUUCUACUGCGACCGGAGCUCUUGCAAGAACCAUACAUCAGCAGUGGCCCUUUCAGGCAUUGCAUAUGAGAACAUAAAAGGGACUUACACCGUGAAGCCAGUGCACUUUGCUUGCAGUGAUGCCUCUCCGUGUUCAGAUAUCAGCUUAACCCGAGUAGAGCUUCAGCCUCUGCAAGAGCGUUACCACAUGUAUGAACCCUUCUGCUGGCAGACCUUUGGGGAGCUGUUUACCCCAACCGUCCCGCCGAUCGCCUGCUUGCAGAAUGGAAAGCCGGCGAGCAAUCGCAUACUGUCCGACCAUGAUUUGUGCUGAAUUAUACACUAUACCUACAAGGUCGAUCCCAAGUGUUGCUGGUGCACAUUCAUGUGCGGUCGUUGUAAUUCUUGCGACCCCUUAGCACCACUGCUUCAGAGUAAAUAUAUUGUUUAAUUUGGUUGUUAAGAGCCUAUACAGACGCUGCUGCUGCUCCUCCUCCUCCUCCUCCUCCUCCUCCUCUCAAGUGCUGUUAAACACAUGAUUAUAUCAUGAAAAUAAGCCUCGGUUCCCUGCUAGUGCCAUUUAAGCAUAUAUUCUGAUUCAAAUGUUGGCAAUUGUGAAGAAAUUGUAAUAAACGUGUGCACAACUCUGUUAUGCACAUUUGGCUUGAGUGCUAAAACACAAUUAACUCC